CUUGUCUAUUUUCCUCAGGUAAUAAGUUUAAAUAUAAGUUCUCAACCUUUUUUUUUCUACUAUUAUUAUUAUUAGUGUUUAAACUAUUAUUAUUAUAAUUAUUUAGUAUUAUUUACCAUCAAUCGUUGGGAAGAAAAUUAAAUUGUACAUCAAUUUACCAUUGUAUCUUUUUUUCCUUCUUUUUCUUUUCUUUUUUCUUUUCUCUUUUACAUCCUUUGUAAAACCAUCAUCUUAACAUCAUGUCCUCUGGAGUAACUGUAUCCACGGAAGCUAAAACCGUUUAUGAAGAAGUGAAAAAAGAUAGGAAAUACCGAUUCAUAAUCUACCAUAUUAAGGAUGAAAGAGUGAUUGAUGUAGAAUCAACAGGACCUCGGGAUGCAACUUAUGCUGAUUUUCUAGAAGAGUUAAAUAAAUUCAAAACAGAAUGUCGAUACUGUGUAUUCGAUUUCCCGGCCAAUAUUCCUGUCGAGGGUUCGCAGGAUACAUCAAGUAUGAGUGUCAACAGACUCAUACUCAUGAGAUGGUGCCCAGAGGGAGCCAGAGUUAAACAAAAGAUGUUGUACUCAAGUAGUUACGAAGCUCUCAAAAGAGCACUAGUUGGAAUUUACAAAUACAUUCAAGCUUGUGAAUUCGAGGAGGCCAGUCAAGCAGCCAUUGAUGAUGCCUUCAGGAAGAGCGGAGGAAAAUAGUUCUACAAACGACACAAAGCAUAAGAAACCUUCCCCUUCUCCUUUUAAAACUUCUCUAUACCUUUUUUUCUCGUUCUCUCUUUAUCUAUCUCUCUAUCUCUCUCGCUCUUUUUCUCUUACAAAGCAAAAGCCCUCCUUAUGGAAUUUCUCUCUUAUCUUCUCUUUCUCUUACCAAAAUCCUGCUUUUCUUUCUCUUUCGCUCUAUCUCUCUCUCUCACACACACACACAUACACACAACAUACACUCUUCUCUCUUUAAACAAUUAAAAAUCAACACUAAUGGUUGAUCCAAGUAAAUUUUAAACUUUACUCAAAAGCUGUCAAAGUUGUACACGAAGAUCAAUAUAAAAUCAACCGGAAACAAAGAAAAGGAACAAAAAAAACUAAUUCUGAUUGUGACAGAACAAAAACCUUAAACCAAUCGGAGGAAAAUGUUCAUUUACAUCUAAUCAUCUUCACAAUUAACGAAAGAAAUUUACAGAGAACCGAAAAUUUCAUGGUUUAAAUUAACACCAAUUCUCCAAUUAACCCAAAUCCUCUCAACAAUUAUGCUGAUUUUUUCCUUCUCUCCAUGAUUGGGAUUCACAAUUAAACAACAAAAACCAUUUUAUUGUGAA